AUGCAGCAGCACCAGCAUCAGCAAGACCAAACGCAGAAACCUGAUCUAGACUAUGCAGAAAGUGAAAGUGGGAUGGAACGGCGGCUAGACCGCCGCGAAAGCUGCAACGAUUCCGCGCAUCUUAGCGCCAGCAGUAACUCAUAUUCUGCAUCUGCCGUUGCCCACGGCACCACGCCCAGAGAAGCGGUCACUCUGACCGGUGGGAGAGAUUCCCCCUGCCACCAACAAGAAGUCCGGCAUCAACGCCAGCCGAUGCACGAAGCUGCACCCUCCACCUCCACCGGUUCGCAUGGCGCGGCUAUACGAGACCAACAAACCCACGGUUCCUCAUCGACUGGUACUCGAAUUAACUAUCCCAGUUCCAGCCCUAACGCUACCGCUACCGCUGCCGCUGCUACUAUCACUGCCGUUGCUGCUAGCGCAAUGGACGCGAAUUCUGCCGAGUCCUACGAGCAGCAGCAUGUGCAUAGCGUAUACGAGACUAUCGCGUCGCACUUCUCUGCUACGCGGUACAAGCCCUGGCCCUUCGUCGCAUUCUUCUUGUCGUCGCUGCCCCCCGGCUCCGUGGGUCUAGAUGUCGGCUGCGGGAACGGCAAGUACCUUGAUGUGAACCGGGACAUCGUAAUAAUCGGCUCGGACCGCAGCGCUAACUUGGCACGGCUAGCUCAAGACCUAAAAGUCAAGGGAAGUAACGGUGCCGAUGUAGUAGGCGUCGCAGACGGACUAGCGCUUCCGUUUGGAGGCGCGAGACGCGUCGACUUCGCCAUUUGCAUCGCGGUUAUCCAUCACUUGUCAACGCGGGAGCGUCGCGUUGAGGGCCUGCGGGCUCUACUCGACUGCGUCCGGCCGCGCAGCGGCAAGGUCCUGGUAUACGUUUGGGCGCUGGAACAGGGAACCAGCCGCCGCGGGUGGGACGAAACUGCAGAUCAGGACCAGCUAGUGCCGUGGGUUAUGAAAUCCAAUAAACCAAAGAAGCAGAAGGCGGGAGAAGAGGCUAGUAAUAAAAAGGAAAACAAUAACACCAGCGCUGCGAGCGAGAGUACAGGGGUCGCAGAUACUACGUAUCAACGAUAUUACCAUCUAUACAGAAAAGGAGAGCUGGAAGAGGAUGCUCAGGCAGCUGGAGGCGAGAUUGUAGAGAGUGGCUACGAAAAGGAUAAUUGGUGGGUUAUAGCGAGUCCCAAAGAAGAAUCCUCGUCGCCGUCUAUAGGAUCCCGAUAG